GCCGCAGAAGUAUUUGUCUUAAAAAUAUCAGCAAUGCAUAAAGUUUGUUCUCGGCUGCACGGUCCGUCUAUGUUCGGGAAAACGGACCCGUGGAAUUCAGUGGAUGCGUGUGUGAAAUUCCACAAAGGUUGCGGUGUGCUUUGCCAAAAAUCAGCCAUGAAACACCCAACACCUGUGCUGCCCCAGAUUCCCCCAUGUGACUUUAAACCUGAGCCGUAUCAGGGCAUGUCUAAAGACCGUUUACUAGACAUAAGGAAAAACAACUGCAACCCUAUGACUAUGAAGGUAACAUACUACAAGAACCCAGUCUUCAUAAACCAGGGUUACAUGCAGUGGCUGUGGGAUGUGGAUGGAAGACGCUAUCUGGACUUGUUUGCGGGGGUCGCCACUGUUAGUGUAGGACAUUGUAACCCGAAAGUGACCGAGACGGCCGAGAAACAACUGAGGCGUCUAUGGCACACGACAGCCAUCUAUGUGUAUCCACAAAUCCAAGAGUACGCAGAGAAACUGGCCUCUCUUUUGCCAGACCCGCUGAAGGUUGUCUAUUUUACAAACAGUGGCUCUGAGGCUAAUGACCUUGCAGUACUAAUGGCCCGGCUUUAUACAGGAAACUUUGAUGUCAUCACACUGAGGGGUUCGUAUCAUGGUGGCAGUCCACAAGCGACAGGCCUGACGUCCAAUGUAUCUUACAAAUAUCCUGUCCCUUCUUCAAUGGGCUGCCAUAAUACCAUGUGUCCGGAUGUGUUCAGGGGUCUCUGGGGAGGAAGCCACUGUAGAGACUCCCCAGUUCAAACCAUCCGAGAAUGCAGCUGCUCCCCAGGUCACUGUCAGGCCAAUGACAUGUAUAUGAGAGAGCUCAAAGAGAUGUUCGCAACAACCGUUCCCAAUCGUAUCGCUGCUUUCUUUGCAGAACCCAUCCAGGGUGUUGGUGGGGCUGUUCAGUUUCCAAAAAACUACCUUAAAGACACCUACCAGCUUGUUCGAGAGAAAGGAGGAAUCUGUAUAGCAGAUGAGGUCCAGACUGGUUUUGGCCGCACAGGGAGCCACUUUUGGGGUUUCCAAGGACAUGAUGUCAUUCCAGACAUGGUUACCAUGGCAAAGGGCAUAGCGAAUGGUUUCCCGAUGGGGGCUGUAGUCACCACAGCAGAGAUUGCCAGGUCAUUUGGGAAAGGAGUUCAUUUCAACACAUUUGGAGGAAACCCAUUAGCCUGUGCAGUCGCCUCAUCAGUGUUAGAUACCAUAAAAGAGGACAAGAUGCAAGAGAAUAGUGCUGAAGUGGGGACGUACCUGCUGACCGAAUUGGCCAAGCUCAGGGACAAGUACGAGAUCAUCGGUGACGUGAGAGGAAAAGGUCUUCAAAUCGGGGUGGAAAUGGUCAAAGACAAGGCCAGCAGGGACCCGCUCCCUCCUGAGGACAUGGCUGAGAUCUUUGAGGACACUAAAGACAUGGGCGUACUGAUUGGAAAAGGGGGGCUGUAUGGACAGACUUUCAGGAUCAAGCCUCCUAUGUGCAUAACUAAAGACGACGCAGACUUCUUCCUCGCUGUGUUCAACCAGGCAAUGCAAAACUAUAUGCUGAGAAGAUAAGACAUGCAGAACAUGAUGAAGGCACACUGACUCAUAUUUCAUCUGGAGAAUUAUACGGUCACUCUUUAUUUUAAGGUCCAAUUCUCACCAUUAACAAACCAUUAACUAUGACUUUUGCCACAAUAACUCCUAAGUUGCUGCUUAUUAAUAGUUAGUAAUGAGGUUGUUAAGUUUAGGUAUCGAGAUUAGGGAUAUAGAAUAUGGUCAUGUAAAAUAUGUGCUUUAUAAGCACUAAUAAACCGCAAUAUGUUAAUUAGGCAUGCUAAUAAGCAACUAGUUGAUAUUGAGAAUUGGUACCUAUACUAAAGUGUUAACAUUUAUACAUUACAUAACAGGUCGGGGCAGUUCAUCUAAAAACUCAUACAUUGCUUAAUGUAUGAGAGCGAUAUGUCAAGAGUUCUUCUUAUUGAGCCUCCUCCUGAUUCACUUUUCACUUCACUUGAGUACAGUAUACUUCAGAAACCUAGCACCUUCACAAGGUAUUCAGAAGCACUUGAGCUUUGUCUCCGAGGCCUAGCAGACCAUAUAAGACCAGAUCUUUUACUGGGUCCAGUUUUACUCUCAAAUCAUUUAGGAGACUGACUUAUCAAACACUUUAAUUAAAAGAAGUGUUGUAGAAAAACAUAAAUUAUGCUAGUCAUGUUACUGUCAUGUAUUCAAGUAUACUAAUCCAAGAACCAGUAAAGUCAAAAAGUAUUAGUUGGUAGAAAAUUAUUUUAGUAUCUACAAUAACAAUACAGCAUGAUAUACUUGCCAUUACAGGUUUGUGUUGUUUUACAAUUACAGCUACAUCCAUUGAUUUUAUACAUUAAAAAUAAAACUUGACUGAUUCCCGUGUGCAGGAAACAAA